AUGAUAGACAAAGCUUUAUUUUGGAAUAUUAAAACACUCCUAAAUCUUUUGAGAGAUGAAUGGCUUGGUGUAGUUAUUUCUGAAUCAGAACAAGAAGUUACUUUGCAGCUAACUCACUCAUCUUUGAAUCAAUCAGUACUGGUGUCAGUAGUAUAUGCUAAAUGUGAUAGACAAAGGAGGGAGGAGUUGUGGGAAGCUAUGAUGGACUUAGCAAAUCCGCAAGACCUUCCUUUGAUUAUAGGAGGCGAUUUUAACGUCAUAGUGUCUGAUGAGGAGAAGCAAGGUGGCCUUCCAAUCUCAUCUAAUGAGACUUUGGAUUUUUCUACUUGUAUACAAAGUUGUGGUUUGGUUGAUGUAGGAUUCAUUGGAAGUAAAUUCACUUGGUGGAAUGGGAGGACUGAAGAAGAUUGCAUAUUCAAAAGGUUAGAUAGAAUACUGGUGAAUCAGCAAGUGUUAGAUAUCAUGCCAUCCACAGCAGUGACUCAUAUGAUUAGACAUGGUUCCGAUGAUGCACCACUACAUCUUGAGUGUAACAGCAAUGCACAUCAUAUUGUCAAAUCUUUUAAGUUUCUUAACUUCUGGACAAAGCAUCAUACAUUUAUGGAGGUGGUAAAGGAGAAUUGGACUGCUGAUUUCUGUGGAAAUCCAUUUUAUAUUGCCACUAUUGAAGAUACUAUAAAGGUGAAGGAGUUGCAAUUUGAAAAUAAUGCUUCGAGGGAGAAUAAAAUGCUAUUACAUCAAGCACAGGCUGAACUAACCAGAUUUUUACACCUGGAGUGGAAGCAGAAAGCUGGUAUGAAAUGGUUCAAUGAUAGAGACAGAAAUACAAAAUUCUUCCAUUCAUAUGUGAGGGGCAGGAGGAAUAAAUUAACUUUGAAAAGAAUACAAGAUCCUUCUGGUACAUGGUUGGAAAAUGAAGUAGAUAUUGGCUCUGAGGCAAUCGGGUUCUUUUAG